AACACGUAUGGGAAACAUGUCGCAAAAAGAUUCUAAAGUGAAUGUAGCAGGACAAAAUCACCAUACAAGGGAUGGUAAUGUUAUUUCGGAGAUUUUAAGGAGUACACUAGACGUCAAUAAAUACGCAACUAAAAAGACAAUUGCCCAAGGUCUUUUAGACAUUGCUCUAUUGACAGCGAAUGCAUCUCAACUGAAAUUUAUCUUACAAGUUGGACACAAACAUGAAUUUUACCUUCUAAUGUUGAUAUUAAUAUCAACCAGCAUUAUAUUACAAGUAAUCCAAGCUGUCCUAUGCGUAAUUUUGGGAGGAUCCUACGAUAUAAAUAAAGAACAUCAUCAAGACAAUGCAAAUAAAACAAACAAUGUCGUAAUGGUGAUAAAUAUUGUGAUCAUGGCCGUAAAUGUAUUAAUAAAUUCCUUUGAAAUGAAGAGUGAGUAUCUGAUUGAUAUGUUUUACUCAACAACAACAUCAACAAACUCUCCAACAAAUCCAUCAUAAUACAGAUAUCAACAAAGAGAAUUUAGAUGUAAAAUUUUUUAGGUACUGAUGACAUUUUGGUAGACGUGUAUAUUAAAAACUGAAAAUAAAAUAAAAUAGAAUAUUGAACAUAUGGUAAAUUUUCCAUUUUAAUCACUUUUCUUGAUUUUUAUUGGCCUUGGCAACAUUAUUAGCAGCUGUAUUUAUUUUUUUUAUUAAAAUUGUUAUAUAUUUUUGAAAUAAUAUUUUUAUGAAUAAAAUGUAUAUUUUAUAAUUAAUUCAAA